ACCUCGAAUCACCAACGGGAGUGGUCGUCAGAGCGGCCGGGACAUUCGGAUGUUUCUCUCCAGCGAUAAGAUUCCGACGUCCGGUAUGGCUGACGACAUGAUCACAGACAACUGGGAAACACCAGACCCGAACAUAACCUCGACCCAAAAUGACACAAGCUACAGCGUCUCUUGUAACUACGACUACAUACCGACAAUUCCGGAAACGAGUGAAGCUUUGGGAGACUUUGGCGUCUCGAUGCUGACCUCAGGAGUGAUUCUGACCAUCGCUUUAUUCGGCCUUUUCGCUGAACAAGUUUACUAUACCUACACCACGUGCCACAAGGUCUUCAGAAGACAUAUCAUCUGGAUUACUUCAGUCUACCCAGUUAUGACAAUGAUGAGUGUGAUCGCCACAGCCAUACCCAGGGCGGACUCACUGUGCACAGCUGUAAAAGUCACGUACAUGUCCAUAGGAAUCAGCCACUUCACUGACCUGACCACAGGCAUGUUCGGAAGUGAGAAGGCAAUGCUGGCUUACCUCGAGGGCAGGCCACUGAACCUUCAAGUUGGACCUUGGUGUUGCUGUAUGCGGUGCCUCCCCUCGCCGCCCGUGAACAAGACCCGUAUCCGCAUCGUCCGCUGGUUGCUGUGGCAGAUGCCCUACACACAGGCCAUCUACUUCAUCAUGACUCUCCUGUGGUCCGUGGCUGAGAGCGAGUCCGAUGGCACUGUCGAUCCGAACGAAAACUACCUGUGGCUAAACACCCUUAACUUCACCUCGUUUAUCUGUGGUGUUUAUGCCCUCCAGAUCAUGGCAGAAGCAGGAACGGUACCUCUGGAGGACUAUAACUACAAGCGAAAGUCGUUUUCGAUGAAGACGCUCGUCCUUGUCACUAAGUUGCAGGGCUUUGUCUUCGACAUCAUGGCGACCUACAACGCCUUCCCUUGCAUUAGCCCUUACAUUUCCCCGCGCGUCUACAAGCAAACCGUCGAAAACUGCAUAUACCUGAUCGAGAUGAUGAUCCUCGGCCCAUACACCUAUUGGCAGUUCCACGACGUAGCUUUCAUGACCGCCAACCCGAAGGAACCGAGACACCUGCACGCGAGAGACUCCCCGAAGGAGGUCGGCAUCACCACCAUCUCGAAGUCGCUUCAGGCUGAAGGUCCUGCUGUCGGAGGAGGACCUCCGAGGGACCUUCAAGGACCUCACGAGGACCACUCGGCUUACGUCGAUUUGUCGGCCAUUGUGUUGCCUCAGACGCACACUCGAAGUAGCACGUGUGUGGCAGAGCAGCCCAGGAAGUCAACGAUCGAGUAUAGUCAUAAAAUAAGAGAAAAUUUGGUCUAAAUGUUGAUUGAAUUUUUAAAAAAUAUCAAAACUCUGCUUCUGGCCAGUUGUAGUUGUGUCAAUACGCUUCGCAUAAUUAGAAAAAAAAAUAGACGUUGAAAUCGUUCGUGGAUGUUUGACAGAUUUUUUUAUCUGUCGCUUUCACGACGAAAACAUCUGAUUCGGGUGUCAUUUUUAAAAAGUACAAGAAAAGUUAUUCGAUAGAUUGUAAAUGAGCCUGCGUAUUCACACAUGUACUGAAUAAUGAAUCCAGUACAAAAAGUACAAAGUACCUGGCCACUGCCUUCUUGCCUAGCAUGGUAUGUGCGAAAUGCCAAUGGCAAGAAACGUCAACUGCCAUAAUAUAUUUUCAUUUCUAUAUAUUACCAAUGAAGAGAAUAAUGUGGAACAUAGCGAGUAUAAACAAGAAAUAACAUUGUUAGUGUCUAUUUCAACGUAUGGUUGACUUGUUAUCAGUGCUCACAGUCGGCCAUUUACACACCGUAUCAUUCGCAUAAAGAUGAAUCAAACUUCAUCUAUGUAACAUAAUUUUCUAAAACCGACUGAAAUCAAAUUUCAGAAAGAAAACUAUGAUAUUAUACUAGAGCAGUUGCCAUAUAUGAUGUGGAAGAAUUGUGUAUUGCCUCUUUAAGAUUUUACAUUAAAUGAGUUUUCUAAACCUUGGCUCAUAAAUAAACAUCAGUGCAAAUUGUGGCAGUCUUUGAUAUGAUGCCUUGUGUUACCUUAUUAUCUUUAUCCUCUAAUAACAAAAAUAAGGGAAUACAUAAUGAAACUCUUAUAAACACAAUAAAGAAUAUUACUCCUGGCAUAAUUUCAGUAUAGUCCCCGCACUCUCUUCCGCAGAAUGAAGAAAAGUUUAUAAAUAUGCGUGUAUGUAAUUGUGAACAUCUACGUAUGCAUUUAUAUAGAUAUAUAAACAGGAUAUAAUGAUGUAUAAAGAAGCUCUAGGGUAUCGUAAAGGUACAAAGGAGGUACAAUGAUGUGGUGGGGGAUGAGCACAACUGCUAGGGAAAGUGUUCAGGACAAGUUCUUCCUUGCGAAAUGGUGCGGGGAGUGAAGCUCACCCUGCGGGACGUCUUCACAGAGCCAAGGCUGACCUGGUUCCGUUCUGACCUCUACCAAUGGAGCGGUCAGUGUUGAUCUGGUGGGCUUGAGCCAUAACAUGGACCACAAAGCGUGGGCCUGGAUCAGUUGUAAUGUCUUUUGAUAUUUAGUGGCUAAAAAAAUGUCCGAGUGUGGGUUCAAGGAUGGUUUCUUGUACAUUUAUGAGAUAUUUAUCCCUGAUAUAUACAGAUAUAGAUGGGCAUUCGUUCGUGUGUGUGUAUAUUCAUACAUGACUGAUCGCCGACCAAUAUUUAUCUUCAUAAAAAAAUCAUAAAUUAGUUUCGGUAUUAUUUAGUCCCCCUCCACUUUUCUUAAAUAAAUAAAGCACGUGAGAUGGGGAAGAAAACGGUGACGUUGCAUUAGAAAGGUUGGAUAAAAAUAGGAAUUAUGUAUUUCUUAGAUCCUAAUAAAGAACUCUUUAUUCAAUAUA